AUGACCAUCACCUUUACAGUCCUUCUCUGCUUCGGACUGUGUCUGGGCCAGAUGACCCACGUGCAGGCAGCAAUGUUCAACAAACCCAACCUCUCAGCCCUGCCCAGCCCCAUUGUGACCUCAGGAGGGAGCGUGACCCUCCAGUGUGGUUCAUGGCAGGAUUUUGACUGGUUUGUUCUGUGUAGCGAAGGAGGAGAGGGCCACCCCAGACACCUGGACUCACAGCACCAAGCUGAUGGGUGGUUCCAGGCACUCUUCACUGUGGACCAUGUGAGCCCAAGUCACAGGCGGACAUACAGGUGCUAUGAUUAUUUCUUGAGCUCUCCCUAUGUGUGGUCCACCUCCAGCCACAUUUUGGAGCUCCUGAUCUCAGGUGUGUCUAGGAAACCAUCCCUGUCAGUCUUGCCAGCGCCGGUGGUUGCUCCUGGACAGAGCCUGACCCUCCAGUGUCGCUCUGAUGUCGGCUACGACAGAUUCGCUCUGUCCAAGGAGGGCGCACAGGACCCUCCCCAACGCCUUGGCCGACAGCCCCAGGCUGAGCUCUCUGGGGCAGACUUCUACCUGGGCCCUGUGAGACCCUCCCACGGGGGCCGGUACACAUGCUAUGGUGGACGCAAGCUCUCCUCCGAGUGGUCGGCCCCCAGCGACGCCCUGUACAUCCUGGUCGCAGGUGAGGAGUCUCCCACCCUGUCUGCCCAGCCGGGGCCCUCUGUGGCCCCGGGAGAGAAUGUGACCCUGCGGUGUCAGAGCCCCAGUUUGUUUGAUGUGUUCCUUCUGUCCAAGGAGGGGGAAGCCCCCCCCCCCCCCCCGCACCUCAGAUCUCAGCACCAAGAUGGGGAAUUUCAGGCGAACUUUGACUUGUGCCCUGCGAUGCUGGACCACAGGUGGACUUACAGGUGCUACGGGUCACUCAGCAGCACCCCUUUUCUGCUGUCGCACCCCAGCGACCCCCUGAAGCUCAUGGUCACAGCCCCACUUCCAGAUCACACACUGGAGAAUCUCAUCCGAAUGGGUCUGUCCACACUGGUCCUGGUGGAACUAGCAGUGUUGGUGUUUCAGGCGUGGCACAGCCAGAGAAGUGCCCAAGGUGAAAUCAAAAG